UGAUUUAAUGUCAGUCAGUAAAACUGAGGAGAAAAGUAACCUGAAUUUUGAAUUUGUAGGAUUUAUUAAUUAUUUGAACAAAAUGUACGGAAAUGGGACGAGAUUUUAAUUUAUUUGAAUAUUUUAGGCCUUUGUUUUGUAAAGAUAUAUCGUAAAAUAUGCUAAGAGCAGUUUCUUCAAUUUACGUAGAGAGCCAAGCGCUGGAGCUAUUCACCACGGCACGGAGGGAUGUUUUUAAGUUAUUUCGUACAUGCUCUUUUUCCACAUCCACACAACCACUACAGACUGUGCUGACAUCGGGGGAUGUCAGCCCAUCGCAAGCGAGCGGGGGAGCGGCGCCGGGCCGUGAACGGGGCCGCCCCCCGCCCGCGCCGCCGCGCCCCCCGCCGCCCCCGCCCCCGCCGCGCCGCACAUGGACCGCCGCAGCCGCUGCAAUAGCGCUUACCGCUUCUGUCGGGGGGGUGUACUUCUAUCGUAAAUUUAGUGAUGAAAAAACCAAAGCCAUUAAAGUAGAGCCAAGUUCAGCAGAGAAGCAGUUGGAAGACGAGUCUGCGUCGUGGCGCAGCCCCCGCUCGGGCUCCGAGUUCCCGUCGCACGUGCAGUUCCUGCUGCUGGGCGCCGGCACCGCCUCCUUCGCAGCCAUGCGCGCCAUACGCAGCCUCAGGCCGGACUCCGAGGUGCUGCUGGUGGGCGACGAGCCCGCCUUCCCGUACAUGCGGCCGCCGCUCAGCAAGGAGCUGUGGCGGGAGCCCGCGCUGGCGGCCGCGGACGCGGCGGCGCUCGCCUUCCGCCAGUGGAACGGCCGGCGCCGCUCCGUGCUGUACGAGCCGCCCGCCUUCUACCUGCCCGUGGAGCGGCUGGCCGGCUCCGGCGGCGGCGCCAGCGUGGCCAGGGGGUGGACGGUGAAGAAAAUAGACGUGCGCGCGCACUCUGCGGAGCUGCAGGCGGUGGGUGAGGGGGAGCGCGUGACCGUGACGUACGACAAGGCGCUGGUGGCGACGGGCGCGCGGCCGCGGCGCGUGGCGGGGCUGCGCGCGGCGGCGGCGGCGGGCCGCUCGCUGGCGCUGCGCGACGUGCGCGACGCGCAGCGCGUGGCGGCCGCGCUGGACGCGCCCGGCCUGGCGCGCGUGGCCGUCGUGGGCGGCGGCUUCCUGGCCACCGAGCUCAGCGCCGCGCUCGCUGACAGGCUGCAGGGCACGGGUAAGACGGUGAUCCAGCUGUACCGCGAGGAGGAGCCGCUGGAGAGGGUGCUGCCGCGCUACCUGGCCCGCGACGCGGCGCGCCGGCUGCGGCGGGCUGGCGUGCAGCUGAUGGGCGGCGUGCGGGUGGAGGGGGGCGAGCCGCAGGGGGGCGGCGUGCUGCUGCGGCUGCACGACGGCAGCCAGCUGCACGUCGACCUCGUCGUCGAGUGCGUGGGCUGCGAGGUGGACGAGUCGCUGGCGCAGGCGUCGCGCCUGGAGACGCACGCGGCGCUGGGCGGGCUGCUGGUGAACGCCGAGCUGCAGGCGCGCGCGGACGUGUUCGCGGCCGGCGACGCCGCCUGCUUCUACGACGAGCUGCUGGGCCGGCGCCGCGUGGAGCACCACGACCACGCCGUGGUGUCGGGCCGCCUGGCCGGCGAGAACAUGGCGGCCGUGGCGCCCGCCAAGCACUACACGCACCAGAGCAUGUUCUGGAGCGACCUCGGCCCGCACCUCGGAUAUGAGGCUAUAGGUAUAAUCGACUCGCAACUACCCACGGUAGGAGUGUUCUCCGCGGACGCGGUGGCGGGCGCGGACGAGAGCGCGGAGAGCGCGAGCAGCACGGGCGCGGUGAGCGCGGUGAGCGCAGUGAGCGCAGUGAGCGCAGUGAGCGCGGCGAGCGCGGAGAGCGCGGCGAGCGCAGACGCGGAGCGGCGCUACGGGCGCGGCGUGGUGUUCUACGUGCGCGCGGGCCGCGUGGUGGGCGUGCUGCUGUGGAACCUGUUCAACCGCAUGCACGUGGCGCGCCAGGUGCUCGCGCGCGGCCACUUCGACGACCUGUUCGAGGUGGCCAAGCUGUUCGACCUGCACGAGGACGACUAGCUGUAGAUAAUAAACAUUCGCACGUAC